CAAGAGUUGGAGAGACACAGUGACUCACACAUACCCAUAUUACAUUCGACGGUAUAAUGGCCACAAAACCAGGAGUCCUCACCGAUUGGCCUUGGACACCCCUCGGGAGCUUCAAGUACAUAGUAGUAGCACCAUGGGUGGUCCACAGCACAUACAGGUUUGUGACAGAUGAUCCGGAGAAGAGGGAUAUCGGGUACUCCCUCGUAUUCCCCUUCUUGCUCUUCAGAAUUCUGCACAACCAGGUUUGGAUCUCUCUGUCCCGUUACUAUACGUCCAAGGGAAAGAGGCGCAUCGUCGACAAGGGCAUCGACUUCAAUCAAGUCGAUAGGGAAACCAAUUGGGAUGACCAAAUACUGUUCAACGGAGUGCUGUUUUAUACAGGCAUCUGCCUGUUGCCGGAGGCCAAGCAACUUCCUUGGUGGAGGACCGACGGAGUGUUGAUGGCGGCGCUGCUUCACGCUGGACCGGUGGAGUUCCUCUAUUAUUGGCUCCACAAAGCUCUCCACCACCACUAUCUUUACUCCCGCUACCAUUCCCACCACCACUCAUCUAUCGUCACUGAACCCAUCACUUCGGUGAUACAUCCGUUUGCCGAGCACAUAGCGUACUUCAUGCUCUUCGCGAUACCACUACUUACGACGUUGCUAACGAAAACGGCGUCCAUAGCCUCGUUUGCGGGAUACGUAAUCUACAUAGACGUUAUGAAUAACAUGGGACACUGCAAUUUCGAGCUCAUCCCCAAGCGUCUUUUCCACCUCUUUCCUCCCCUCAAGUUCCUCUGUUACACUCCCUCGUAAGUCAUUUACAUCUCUUAAUUAUGUUUCAUAAUU